UCGGUGCAACCGCAGUUAACGGGAUUUCUUGUUACAGAUUAUUUUUCUGAUAACCCAUGCUCACUUUACGCUAUAGCAUUAGUUUAGUAACUGUAUUUGCUGAGUUAGGCGGUCUUUUGGCUGCUCGUAUAUUUUUUACUCUUCGUGCCCUGGCGAUAACAGCUCGGUAUCAACCGAGUCAAGUGCAAAGUUUGUGAUGUCGCAUCUCAAUCACAUUUUUCUAAUACUUUGCAUCAUUUUGACUGCGUUAUACUGUCUCACUGCGGCCAAAUAUGUGCCCGGCAUUUCCUACAUAGAUGACGUGCAACUGUCAUAUGAAAAUGGCACUUGGCAAUGCGAUCGCAUAACUUGUAAACAUGCUGUCCACGGCUGUAAGAUUUCGAUACGUAACAAUCCGGAGCACGAAAAUGAGUUGAUUCGCUCAAGUGCCUGUUAUACCGAAGAUGGCACCGCUACACGGGAACUGAGCCAAACACAACGCAUGCUGAAACCAAAAACUGUCAAUAUCGAUAUAGAUUCUUAUAUUGGCGCGCAGUCGCUAUAUACGACGGGCUACAGCUUGAGCUGGCAGGAAGUGAAGGGCACCGUAGCCGCUGAGGAUUGGGCUAGUGUGCAGCAGACCACCAGAGAUAAUAUGAAAGCGGUCGAUGAGUCCAAUAGCUUUGUGAAGAUGCGCUGAUACCAGUUUUUGGUGAAUUCGCAUGGCAACAACAACAACAAUUUCAGCAAGAUAAGGAAAAUAAUGUUGUUAAUCGCAUGCAAUUUAAUUUAGCUAAAAAAUAUACGAGUUUAU